CUCCCUUCUACCCCCCCCCCCCAAGAUGUCCCCACCCGCCUCACAUAUAUAGUCCAGCCACUCGCCGCCUCCUCUUUCUUUUCCUUUUCCUCUUCUCUCACCCACUCCAGCUUCAACUCAUCUAUCAAGCCUGUACAACACAAGAGUCACUCGUUGCUCAUUACACACUCGUUAACUUGCGAUAAUCAAUUCAAUCAAUCAAUCAAGAUGAAGUACUCCCUUACCUUCGCCGCUGUGGCCCUCAUCGCCGCCGUCGCCGCCCAGGAUGACACCCACGGCAUCCCAGCCUGCGCCGUCCAGUGCAUCCUCGACGCCACCACCAAGGCCACCACCUGCGGUGAGAAGGAGUUCUCCUGCCAGUGCACCGCCGAAAACCAGGCCAAGAUCACCAGCGCCGCCAUCGGCUGCGUCCAGGACGCUUGCCAGCCAGCUGACCAGAUCGCAACCCUGAGCGCCACCAAGGCCCUCUGCGCCAACCCCCCCGCCGAUGAGGGUACCGGUGCAUCUUCUUCCGAGGCCCCAGUGACCCCAUCCUCCACCGAGGCCCCAGUUACCCCAUCCUCCACCGAGGCCCCAGUUGCUCCAUCCUCCACCGAGGCCGCGCCUGAGCCAACCACCACUGAGUCCCCCACUGGAGGAGCCGUAGGUGAACCCGAGACAGUGUACGUGACGGUCUGCUCAUCUACCCAGGUCCCCGGCGGCGCUGCCCCUACCGGCGGAAACCCAGGAAACGGAACUGGUACCACCCCCACUGGCCCGGCCACCCCAUCUUUCACCACCGGCGCCGGUGCCAAGCUCUCGGCCGGUCUCGGAUCCGUCGCCGUUUUCGCCCUUGCUGCUCUCGCCUUGUAAGCGGUCUAUCCUCGCGGAGGGUUUUAAUUUCGGAAGGAGGGAUGUUGUAAUUACACUUUUUUAAGGAAGUUGGCUGUGGUGUGUUAGGAGAAGGUGACGGGUAUAUAUAUGUGGGGAUGAAUUGAGAUGAGUUGGUAAAAACGUUGGUUUACUUAUAUUGUGAUUGUCGUGAACUGGAUUGAUAAUUAAUACGUUAUAAUGACCA